GGCUCGGGUAUUCUACAGUGGUGUAGCGGACUGACAGUUGGCAGCCAUAUUGGUGAGGGUAGUCAGCACGGCGCGGAGGCGACGUCACGUGACCGGGGGUGUGACUUCCGGCUGCGUGGCGGCGUGCGGGCAUGGAAUGACGCGCCGGGGGCUGAAAGCCAAUCCGCUCACGAGUUUUCCGUCUCCAUUGUAGCGACGCGAAACGGACCAACGGGAGAACAGGAAGAACAGGACAAGGAUAUAUAA